AUGAAACUUCAACUAAAAAAAUGCGUAACCUCUCAGUUUAGUUCUAAAGAAGCUCAAUUGCCUCUUCCCGACAAUGAAGUGAAACGUUGUGACGAACGCAUUAAGGAUGGCGAUGAUUUGAGCUUUGAAAAUGUAGACAGUGAGACGAAUAACAGUGACGACAACAGCUACACGGAUAAUGCAUUUACAGCCAAGAUUAAUUCAAAUAGUUUCUAUCAUACAGGAAACAAUCGUACACAAGAUGGAAACAAAGUGCUUGAUAAUUUUACAAAAGUUAAAAAAUCAUUAUCUGAAGUUGAAGAGCCUAAGAGGCACAUGUUUAAUUAA